CUCCAAUGAGCAUAACGAAUAUAGUCUACUAAGAAUAUCAAAUGUCAUUAUGUACACAACUAAACAAAACGUGUAAACCGAUUUAAUUAAACUUCAACGGGGUGAGUAAACUGAUGCAUCUUCAAUUUCUUAGUGAACAUCGUAUAUUAUACAUCGGUAAAACGACACUAUUCAAUUCAAGCAUUUCCCAGUUUCCCACCACUACGACAACAAAGAAUGGUAACACAACGGAUUCCAUGUAAUUCCUAUAAAUACAGUCGAUAUAUCUCAUCUUCCAAUCAUCAAAUAUAACAUCAUCACAACAUCCACUUAAUAUCUUUCAACCCACUGUUCACCAUCAAAAACAAUUCUAGCUAGCGAUCGAUAUGGGUAUUCAUUGCAGAGGAAUGAUCAUGAUCGUGGCUUCAAUUCUCCUGGCGACGACGGCGGUGCUAGCCUCUUCUUCAGCGACGCUUGAAUCCGCCGCCGUCGCUAAUAGUAACGCGACCAGGCCGGGAGCAACCCCACCAGUGCCAUUGCCGAGGUGCAGAAGGGGAACGAUGGAGCCAAAAGUGGCGGCGAAGUGUUGGAUAGCGAUACUCGAGGUUCCCUUGUGCGUGUUUCAGAUCGUGAAGGCGUUCGAAGGCGGAUCGGUGUUCAGCAUCGGCAAGGCCUGCUGCCACGCCUUCAUCGACCUCACCGACGACUGCAAGAUCGAGGUCUUCCAGAAGUCCGAGUUCUUCCCGGCCAUCGAGAAGUUCUGUGCGGCCAUCGGCGGCGGCGGCGGGGCCAAUACUACUACUGCGGCCGGUCUCGGCAACUAAUAUCUCCUCGUUCGGCUUGAUGAUCAUAUGUAAUUUUCUUUUGUUCACGCCUAAACUAAGUGUGGAAAGAAAGGAAGUAGCUAAUUUCGAUAUUGUAUGCCCCAUUGUAACAUAAUUAUAAAUGGAUUUCUCAUACUUUUUUUCUCUAAGCUUGUUAAAAAUGUUAUUUGAAAAAAAAUCGGCCGAAAUCUGUGACGGUAUCCCUUUAGAAUCUAUGAAAAAUGACCCUGAAAAAAUCAUUCCAAAUCAGUGCCUAAUAGACUUACUCAUUGAUAAAAAAAAAAUAGCCUCAGGCCGAAUCCAUGUUCCGUACCCGUCAAAAUCCAAGGAAAACGAACUUUCGAAAAAAUCGCUCAAAUAGAUAAUUAUUAGACUUCAUCAUAGUUGGAGAAUAGCCUCCGGAAAAAAAAUUAUUAAUCAUCGAUGGAGAUUAGCCUCAAACUGAAUAUGUGAUUUGUAGCCUUCAAAAUCUAAAAAAAUUGGGUUUUGAAAAAACCGUCGAAAAUGUGAUGGUACCCCUUUGGAAUGUGCCAAAAAUGGACCCGAAAAUUUUUGUUCAAAUUAGUGGUUAAUAGACAUAAUCAACAGUG